UUCCCUCUCCGUUUUCCACAAAUUUCAACACAAAAACAACCUACAGCUUCAAAGAAAUUUCCCUUCCUUUUCUUUGUAAACAAGUCAGUUCAAGCUUCAAUCACAAUCUUUGUUUUCGAUUCUAUUUUAAUCCUCUUUACCCGGUCUGUUUCUUUCGUUCUCAGGGAAAAUGGCUUCUGGGUUUUCGGGUCGGGGCAACUCGGGUGGUUCCAAAGGGUUCGAUUUUGGGUCCGAUGAUAUUCUUUGCUCUUAUGAGGAUUACGGGAACCAGGGAUUGUCUAAUGGCAACCACGCCGAAACUGCAAUCGGUACAACCACCAGCAGCUCCAGCAAGGAUUUUCACAAGGGUGGAGUGGCGCGAUCAAUGUUCCCACGUAUUGCAUACAGUCAACCAGACGAUUCUUACUUGGAUGUUACUGCUACUGUUGAUAAAACCAUGAAAAAGUAUGCGGACAACCUCAUGCGCUUUCUUGUGGGAAUAAGUUCACGAUUGUCGCAGUUGGAGUUAUAUUGCUACAAUCUUGAUAAAUCAAUUGGAGAAAUGCGAUCUGAUUUAGUUCGUGAUAAUGUAGACGCUGAUUCAAAGCUCAAAUCUAUUGAGAAACAUCUCCAAGAGGUUCACAGGUCUGUGCAGAUACUAAGAGAUAAGCAGGAGCUUGCUGAGACUCAAAAGGAGUUGGCUAAAUUACAACUUGUUCACAAGGAUUUUACUUCUUCCAACUAUUCACAAUCCGCAGAGGAGAGAGCAUCACCGCCUGCCUCUGAUUCUAAAAAGAGUGACCACAUAACCGAGAUGCAAAGCCAGCAAUUAGCUCUUGCUCUUCCACAUCAAGUUGCACCACCACAACAGUCUGUGGUGCCACACACUCAAGCCCCGGCUCAGAAUUUGACCCAACAAUCCUAUUAUCUACCUUCAAACCAAUUAUCCAACCCCCCUGCCCCAACUCCAGCUCUCACUCCGGUUACCCAACCUUCGCUUCCAGCUCCAGCACCAACCCAACACACUCAAAGUCGAUAUUUGCCUCCUGAUCAACAAUACCAAACUUCUCACAUACAGACCCAUCAGGUACCUCCUGCCCCGACAUUCCCUCGGUAUCCGCAGCAGUGGCCACAACAAUUACCACCACAGCAAGUACAGCAGCAGCAGCAGCCCUCUAUGCAACCACCGAUGAGGCCUCCAUCAACAACAGCUUACCCUCCCUACCCUCCUACACAAUCUUCGAACCCAACUCCUCCCGAGGCAUUACCGCGCAGCAUCCCUAUGCAGGUUCCAUAUUCUGGAGUUCCUCAACCUGUGCCUAGUCGAGCCGAUACCAUUCCUUAUGGGUAUGGAGUGCCUGGCAGAACACCUCCGGAGCAAAUCAAGUGUAAUUUUGAAGCACAACCAAGGGAUGGGUAUCAGGCAUGCGGCCUCCAUCCCUCUCUUCCUCCAGGAACUACAUACAUGAUGUAUGGUAGUGAAGGGAGUAGAACACAUCACCUGUCCCAACAGCAUCACUUCUCACAGGGGGGCUAUCCCCCUGCAAGUGUCCCUCUUCAGACUCAACCUAGCAUUAGGAACCCUGGCCAUCCACAGUAUGUUCACAAUCAUCCUUACAAUGAUCUGAUUGAAAAAUUAGCGAGCAUGGGUUUCAGGGGUGAGCAUGUUGCCAGUGUGAUCCAGAGGAUGGAGGAGAGCGGGCAGCCAGUGGAUUUUAACGCCGUGCUUGAUAGGCUGAAUGCACAUUCAUCUGGCGGUGGUUCUUAGAGAGGAGGAUGGUGAAAGCCAUUGCAUGGUUGAAUCGACCUUGAAUAUUUUUUGAAUAAAGGGUCGUUUUCUUAAUGUAUAUCUUGGGAGGGAUACGAGUAUUUGUAUGUUACCUCCUUAUGCAACUCCUAGGAACUGUAUCUUAAUUCGGGUUGAU